CUGAUCGGGGAUCGUACCCAUUACACAAAUCGCGUUUCCCCGCUGUAUUUGCAUAGAUAUUCGCUGUUUAAAAAACUCUUUCGCCCGCUUUUGGCCAGUUGAAGUCGCUAUACCGUUUCCAACCGUUUCUACUAGCUUUUUAGUACCGUCUCCAAAAGGUCCAUAAAUUUCGAAGGCUGCAGCAACGAAAUCGUAUCUUGUUUGCAUCCAAGCGUGUUUCGCUAGUUUCUUUCUUUCAGCAAGUUCGGCUGCUGCGCCGGCGUUCACGGAAGUGCGUUCGAUGUACGAGGCCGCCAGCGUGUCCACGCAGGUCACAUCCACUGCCAGCGGUUUUCCGCGCUUCCACGGAAUGAGGGUGAUCACAUCCGGCCUUUUCUUAUCUUUCAGGGAUAGACCUUUUGGUUCCAUUCUCGAAGGAAAGCCAGCUGAUUUCAGGCCCCGAGUGAAUUCCGCGCUGAUUCCGUCGUGUCGUGGCAAUCUCCCGGCAGAUCGCUUACAACGAAGUCCGUGCCGGCCGAACUCGUCGACCAGCCCACCACAAACGCAUACGUGUGGAGUGACGAUCGGAGCUCCCAGACGCAGUGCGACACUUAUGCGAAAAGCGUUGUCAUCUAACAGAUUACCGAGGCAGGCUGCCGGCAAUGCAUGGAUCCACACGCCUGCUUCCGGGACUGAUACCGCCUUUAGAUGGGCAACUUCCUCCUGGGAUGUCCGUAGUGCGGUAAGUCUUGAAAAAGCCUGCAGGGUUGUGAGAGUGUCCCAUGCUUUCUGGACGUGGCGGAAAGCUUCCGGUGGAAGUUCGUCGGUGUCAGCUUCUAACUUCCAGGCGCGCGUGGCUGUGAUGACAUCCGUUUCCUUCAGUGUGGGACAAAGUCUGGAAAUCAGUGGUCGCAGCGAGGAAGCCGAUGCCAGGUAGGCAGAAGGAGCUAGCUUCUCAGUGCGCCUGAUCCCCAAACCCCCGAAACGAACUGGAAGGGAUGCCUGGAGCCAUGUUGGGUGGUCCAUCUUUACGUUGGUAAUCGUCUCCACAGCCUCGCGAAAUACCUGGUCCAGUCUGUACAGCUCUUGUGGGAACAUCCAUGCGAGAGAGGUGCGUAGGAUAUGCACUAUUUUCGGCACUCCAAGGCAAUUUUUCAACAGGAAUAGCGCCUGGUGUUUAGGGAUUAGCUGCAAGCGGCCGCUCAUAAUUUCCAACUGGCUGAUUUUCUCAUUGAUCAUCGGAAUUACGGCGGCUGGUAGAAGAGGGGAUCCGAGUAAGGUUAAUUUAUCGGCUGUUACUACAGCGAUUCCAGGAAAUAAGCUGCAGAAAUCGUUAGCGGCUGAUGUGCGCUGUGUUUCACUGCCCCCGCAAAAGAACACUUCGCACUUCGCAAUGUUGACUUCCAGGCCGAUUUUUUUAGCUUCCAGAAUCAGCAGCUGGAAGUUACGGAUCACUUCUAACGGUGUCCCUCCUAAUGUCCCAUCGUCCAUGUACCACGCGUUCAGGUAGGCAUUAAGUUUGUUGACGAUGAACUGCAGAACCAAACAAAACAAAACGGGCCCGAGAGGAUCGCCUUGCUGCACGCCGGACUGGGAGGAAAUAACCGUUUCUUCUAGAAACAGGGAGGAAUGUGUCCCGUAACACAUUUUCACAAAGGCGUAAUAUUCCGGGAUGACUUCGGCUGUUAUCCGUAAUACUUCCUCCCGGGACACGCAAUUGAAGGCGUUCGUAAAAUCAAUUUUGAGAAGUGCUUUAACGCCACUGCUGUACUGAAGCAAAAAGUCUCGUGCUGCGUGGAUAAUUCCUUCAACACCCUUCUUUACCCCGGAACCGAGCUGAUGUGGUCGAAGGAUCUCCGAUGUUACAGAUCGAAUUCGGGUAUCCACCGCCUUGGCAGCAAUGCGACGGUAUACGUUUCCGACGGCGAUUGGGCGCAGGCCUCCGUCUUUUUUUCGUAGGGCAACGAGCCGAGCGCCACAGAGCAGUUUAGUCGGCCUAGGUUACAUAUUUAUUUCUGACAUGCAAGCUGAACAGGGGGCAUCAAGUAGCAAUGGAGGCGACCCGGGUUCCACAGAUUCUGACCAGAUAAAAUUUUACGGAGUAAUUCCAAAACCGUGGUGCGAACACUUGGAAGGAAACAUAAAGCCAGUUUCCGAUGCCGGGAUAGAUGCGGCAGCAAACUGCUCUGUUUGUGAAGAUGCGCGGGAGAACUGGGUUUGUCUUCACUGCUACAAGGUGUUUUGUAGCCGCUACGUUAAUGGCCAUAUGAAAGACCACAACGAAACCAGCGGCCAUACUAUAGCUCUCAGCGUGGCAGAUUUGUCAGUUUGGUGCUUCGCGUGCGAUUGUUAUAUCCAUAAUGCUCUCGCCCAGCCGGCAAAGGAGGCUGCCUACAAGAGCAAGUUUGGCGAAGACGAUCUCGUUAGUAACGAAGGAAAUCUGGAGCCCGAACGAUAAUGAUCUUGUUUGUUUCUCCAUUUCUAAAAGAUUCGAACUGCCCAGGCACUGCCUGUUUUUUGGGCGGAUGGGGCAUGGAUCUUCGUUAACUGUUCCUUCUAAUUUGUGCAUCAAUGAACCUUUCCAAAAUCAAGCGAUCUGAUUCAUUCAUAAUCUUUGAAUUCUUUUACUCCAUAUAACUGUAGCAGACGAACGGUGGUGUCGUAUGCGCUGCAAAUCACAAAAUAA